GCCUUUUUUCUAACUUUAAGCAUAAAGCGCGUGCAGGAGUGAGUCCGGGGGAGCGUCGUUGGGGACCCAGUCAUGUCCGCGCUGCUGCCGCUGCUGUUCGGCCUCGUCGGGCUGCUGCUCUUACUGCUGCGCACCAGGAAGAGGAGAGACGACGAGCCUCCGCUGAUCAAUGGAUGGAUUCCUUUCAUCGGGAAGGCUCUGCAGUUCGGGAAAGAUGCCCACAAGUUUCUUGAAGAGUACAAGAGGAAGUACGGAGAUGUGUUCACGGUGCACAUAGCAGGUAAAUACAUGACCUUCAUCAUGGACCCACUUCUGUACCCGAGCGUCAUCAGGCAGGGUCGCCAACUGGACUUCCAUGAGUUCACGGGCAAAGUGGCGCCUCUGACCUUUGGAUACAAGCCUGUGCACUCUGACUUGUGGGAUAAAAUAAUGCGCUCCUUCCAGCUCCUGCAGGGAGACAACCUCCAACCCCUGACAGAGAGCAUGAUGGGUAAUCUGCUGCUGGUCUUUCGUCAGGACCACCUGGACCAUGGCCUCUGGGGGACCAGGAGCAUGUGUGACUUCUGUUCCUCCGUCAUGUUUGAAGCCACCUUCCUCACCAUGUUUGGCCGACCUGCAACCGGCCAGCGCCACAGCGGCAUGGAGGCGCUGAGAGAGGACUUCAACAAGUUUGACAACAUGUUCCCACUACUCAUUGCCCAGGUUCCCAUCUGGCUCCUGGGGAAGACCAGCGCCAUCCGCAAGAAGCUGAUCCACCAAUUCCUGCCGAAGCAUUUGUCCCGUUUUUCCAACACGUCCCAAUUCAUCAAGAUGCGGGCUGGACUGUUUGAACAGGAGAGCUUGAAGGACACCGACAUAGGAGCUCACCACUUUGCCAUGCUGUGGGCCUCAGUGGGGAACACGCUCCCUGCCACCUUCUGGGCCACGUACUACCUGGUGAGCCACCCUGAGGCUCUGCAGGCCGUCCGGCAGGAGAUCCUGGAUGUCUUGAGAGACGACGGCGUGGAGUUCAGCACCGACAACGAUGUGAAUCUCAGCAAGGAGCAGCUGGACAAACUCAUCUAUCUCGAAAGCUCCAUCAACGAGAGCCUCCGCCUGUCCUCGGCCUCCACUAACAUCCGAGUGGCUCAGGAGGACUUCAGUCUGCGGCUCGAUGCCAGCCGCGCAAUCUCUGUCCGGAAAGGAGACAUCAUCGCUCUGUACCCCCAGAGCAUGCACCUGGACCCCGAGAUCUACGAGGAGCCUCAGACAUUUCGGUUUGACCGCUUCGUGCAGGACGGCGCCGUGAAGACAGACUUCUACAAGGAUGGGCAGAAGCUGCGGUACUACCUGAUGCCGUUCGGAUCUGGCUCCUCCAUGUGCCCGGGGAGAUACUUUGCCGUCAAUGAGAUCAAACAGUUCUUGUCCGUGCUCCUGCUCUACUUUGAGAUGGAGCUGGAGGAGGGGCAGCCCAGACCUGCCCUGGACCCCAGUCGAGCUGGACUGGGGAUCCUGCUGCCCUCCACUGACGUGCGGUUCCGUUUCAGACUGAGACCCACUGAGGUGUAGUGUUGUUGGGUUAUUGGUCCUCAGUGGUUCUAAUCGUCCAAGUAGUUAAACCAGAUCAGUAGUAAGACUUCCAGUGCAGGAGCCUCAAGUCACAUAAGCAGACGAUUAACCAGAGCAGGAAUAAGUCAGACCACAGCAAAAAUCACACCUAAUCACACCCACAACAAGAAUAAUCAAACGAUGAGAUACUACAACUUUCUGUGGCCCAGAUUGUUAUGAACGAUCUAAGGCUGGACGGCUUAAAGUUGGACCAGGAGAAUCAUAUAGACUGGAAAACUGUCCUGGAUGAGCCCCACCUUCACAGUAGAGGAGAAAGGUUCCUGCAACCAGAUGAAUCUCCUACAGAACUGACCACUUGUUAUUUUUUUAUUUUUUUCAAAUAAAAGCUGAUAUAAAAACUCCUAAUAGCUGAUUCUUCCUGUCUCCUCCAGAGGUGAUCAGGGUCCAGUUUGUGUCCAAGAAGGAUGCUGCAAUUGUACUGAUCAAGUGGAAAAUGAACAGCAGACUGUUUUGGAGAUUUGUGUUCAAAAGAAAAAAGACCUGUUUUUAGAACAACAGUUGAUUUCUAUUGUGCUGUUUAACCUGGGUACAUUUAAACCACUUUGGAUCAGCUGGUUCUGCUGUGCCAUUUCUGUAAAUCUGGCUUUUGAGUCCCACAUUUCAACAACCAAGAUAAAAUACUUUGAAAAUCA